GCCCCCGGGGUCCCGCUCCCCGCCCGUCCCCGAGGCCGCCCCGCCCGGCUCGCGCGCCCGCCCGCAUGGCUUCUCCGGCCGACCCUCUGCGCGCAGAUCAGAUGGCCAAGGAGCCGGUGGAAGACACAGACCCCAGCACUUUAUCCUUCAACACGUCAGACAAGUACCCCAUUCAAGACACUGGACUCCCGAAAGCUGAGGAAUGUGAUACGAUAACUUCGAACUGCCCACCCAGCUCCGAUGACCCACAUCAGGGAGAAGAAAACGGCUUUGCAGACAGCACCGCAGAAGCCCUUUCAGGGGACAGCCAGGACCCGCCGUGUCCGGAAGACUGUUCCUGCUCCUCGUGUUCCCUGCGCGCCCCCACCAUUAGCGACUUGCUGGACGACCAGGACUUACUGGACGUGAUCAGGAUCAAGCUGGACCCGUGCCACCCCGCCGUGAAGAACUGGAGGAACUUCGCCAGCCGGUGGGGCAUGUCCUACGACGAGCUGUGCUUCCUGGAGCAGAGGCCGCAGAGCCCCACGCUGGGCUUCCUGUUCCGCCACAGCCAGAGGACCGUGGCGCAGCUGCUGGAGCUGUGCCAGCUCUACCACAGGGCCGACGUGGAGAAGGUGCUGCGCCGGUGGGUGGCCGAGGAGUGGCCCCGGCGGGGGCGGGCCGAUCGCCCCGCCCGAGUCUAG